AUGCGGUGGAAUUGGAUAGCCGUUGCUGCAAGUGCAGCUUGCGUCUCCUCACAUGCUACUCAUCAUGUCGACGAACAAGCUUUCUCCCAGGAACGCUUAGAUGAGCUGGAGAGGAAAUGGGGUACAGAUUGGGGGUUCUCUGGUAUCUCGACCUUCGCCCACCUACCGCACACGCGCUGCUUGACGCACCCAGAGACGACAUACGAUAUCGCCAUCCUUGGUGCUCCCUUCGAUACCGCCGUGUCUUACCGACCUGGAGCUCGAUUUGGACCACGUGCAAUCCGCGCAGGUUCAAGCCGUCAGACAUCCUUCCGUGGUUUCAAUCCCCGCGCGAACCUGAACCCCUACACGUCAUGGGCCAAGAUUGUAGACUGUGGAGAUAUACCAAUCACACCUUUCGACAAUACUCUGGCAUUGAAACAGAUGAGUGAGGCUUUUCUUGAGCUUGGAAGAAGGCCUGCAACCGAGAAGAGCACGGAGAGCGGUGUGCAAUAUCUCAAGAAGCCGAAACUGCUCACGUUGGGUGGGGAUCACAGCAUCGCACUUCCAGCCCUGAGGGCUCUCAAGGACGUGUAUGGGCAGCCAAUCGCCGUAGUACACUUUGACGCUCACCUGGACACAUGGCACCCCGCAAAAUACCCGUCUGCUUGGAUCGACCAAGAAGACCCCUCUACCCAGUCUUUCUUCAACCACGGCAGUAUGUUCUGGAUCGCAUCAACAGAGGGCCUGAUCGCAAACGACUCGAGUGUACAUGCAGGACUAAGGACAAGGCUUUCAGGUGAUGAGGCAGAGGACUAUACCGACGACUCACAGCAAGGCUGGAUUCGCAUUGCAACAGAUGACAUCGAUGAGAUCGGAGUCAAGGGAGUCAUUACUUCGAUCAUGAAUCGCGUGGGGACCGAGAUGCCAGUCUACCUAAGUAUCGAUAUCGAUGUGAUCGACCCUGGGCUAGCACCAGGCACCGGGACGCCAGAACCGGGUGGUUGGACUACGCGUGAACUCAUUCGCAUUCUGCGAGGUAUUGAAGGCAUGAAUGUAAUUGGUGCCGACAUCGUUGAAGUCAGCCCAGCAUACGAUGGUUCAGCAGAAACCACAGGGAUGGCAGCCGCACAGGUCGCUUACGAGGUGCUCACGAGCAUGGUACGUAGGGGCCUUAUUGAUCAAGCACGAACGAAGGUGACGGCGCACGAGGGAAAAGAUGAGGACAAGAAUGAGAACAAGGAUGAGCUCUAA